GGUUGUUCUUUCGGGUUAGUCGUUUAUGCGGCAGCUCUGUCUCUUCGGUUGAUGACGCGUGCCUGGUUAGUAUUUGGGUCUACCAGUGCAUUGUUUGCGUAUGGCUAAAACCGUGGGUCGAAGAGCACAACUAGAAACCUAUCACUUCGACUCUAUACCUCGGUGUCAGUCGGACAGCCUGUUCGAAUACAUACCUGUUGAAGCCUUUACCUGUAUGUGGUGUUGUUCUGUGCCUGUGCUUAAGGUGUGCGUGACGGCUUAGCGAACGGCUGCGCCUACUUAUUUAUGCGACUCCGUCACUUAUUAUGGCUGGAGCAGUCAUGAAGUCAUCGCGGCAACUGCAGCACAAAAGUAGGCAACAAGUGAUCUACAGAAAAGAAUCCAGAAUUCAAGAAAACCACAUGUGCUAGUUGUUUUUAUUCGUGGAACCAGCGCAAGGGAAAUUGGUCGAUUAAAUUAUGAAAAUUGUUUGACAAAGCUUCGUGAAGUUCGGUACAGAAAAACACAGUACUUCGAAUGUGGGGAACUUGCCAAUAGCCAAGGUGUAUAUGGAAAAAGCUAAUUUACUGUAAGAGGCAACGGAUGGAAGACUUGUUCAUCAUUUCCGCUGUGGACUACGGUGGCUGCCAAGAAGCAAACGCAUCCAGACCACAUAUGGAAGCAUUAUUGAACUGAAAAAAAAGAAAAGAAAAAGAAUUUGUACAAAAUGACAAACCUACUCAGUAUCGCUAUUCUCCUGCUGGGAUUCGCUGUAUUUUCGAACGCUAGUGAUUGCGGAGAGAAGUUCCGUGGCAAAUGCAGCUGCGGGCAGCAAAUGUACAACUAUCAGACCCGCUACGUAGUAAACUGUACCGGUGAAGGAUUCCGAGAUACGGCCGUACUGGAGUAUCUACCAAAACAGACAGAGGUGGUUAUUUUCACCGGGAACUACAUCGAAGAACUGCCGUGGAACGUAUUUGGUGCCAUCAAUGAUCUCGUAAAUCUCACCAUCGUAGAUAUGAGCAACAACCAUAUACGUGAGAUCCGUGGAAAAACGUAUCAUCACGUACCGAAUGUGAGGCGGUUGAUGCUGAACCAUAACAACUUAAGCAUUUCCCGAUAUGACGAUGACGAAUAUAAUCAUCACCAUCCGCGAGUGUUCUCUAACUUUAUCAAUCUAAUGGAACUGCAUCUCACGAAUGCGUUCUCUGAUAAUACAUCUGCGGAGUUGUCGGCAGAUCUGCAUGACAUUUUCGUGAGCAGUAAUCUGACCAAGUUAGUUAAACUUCAUCUCGAGCAGAACGAGAUAUCGAAGUUCAACGAUAAACGAGUAUUUUGCGAUUUACCAGCCCUGCUAGAUCUCUAUCUUGGCGACAACCUGCUAACGGCGAUCAAUUUCAACGUCACCUGUUUGAGUAAGCUCCGCUUCCUGGACCUGGAACGUAACAAAUUUGAAGAUCUACGACCACAUGACAUUAACAUGUUGGAUUCGCUCCAAGCACUUCCCGGACGAUCGGUGAAUCUCAUGGUAGACUUCACUUUCAAUCCAUUCAACUGCAACUGCACUUUGAACCCAUUGUACGAGUGGAUGCGCAAAACGAAUGUGACCGUGCGAAAUCGUGAAAAUCUCAUGUGUUUCCGAAAUAAGAAGCACCAGGAGUCAAUUCUAUCACUUAAUAUGAAAAAAUGCCAAAAGGCCCGAACGGGAAAACGAGAUCAUACCGUCACCCUAGUGUUUGUACUGAUCUGUUUAAGUUGUAUUCUAGUGGGACUAGUUGGAUCAUUGAUCUACGUGAGUAAAGACAAGCUGAAGACUUUGAUCAGUCCGAUGGUUGAUCACGUUUCUAAGAAAGUACAUUAUUCCACAAUUAAGGAUGAAGAAGCACCCGAGCAAUACGUAUGAUGCACUGAGAUGAAACUGCGGAAACAAAACGGUUCGCGUGUGGUAUUUUUGUAGAACAGUGAUCGAGAUGGAACCACGGAAAAAGAUCUAAUCAUAUUCAUAUCCAAGUUUAGCUAAGCUUAAGCCCAGUAAUGUAAAUAUUAAAAAAAAAAUUUAACUUUACAUUGUUUAAGAAAAUCAAAUUAAUGCAACUAACGCUAAAAGCAGGAUCAAUUCAAAACUUAAAAGACAUUGUUACUUAAAAUGACCUUAGGUUGACUAGAUUAGGAUAGAUAUUUUAAAGCCAAUUUUUUAUUAAAAGGUAUUUAGUUAUAAUAAAGAAAUAUUUCCAAAAGAAAAAUACGAGAUGUGACAAAUGAAAUCAUUACUCGAAUAAAUGUUUAGGUUCUUUGA